CUUUCCUGGCCUGCCCCAGACAGAGCUGUGGAGAGGCCUGGCCCACUUCCUUGCUCCGAUGGGGCCAGGCAGAGCACCUUCCACCAGCUCACUUCCCCAGGAGCCCUGGCCAGAGGUGGAAAGGCUUCACAGGAUGGGGCUGCUGGUGCUCUCAGCCCCUCCUGCCCUCUGGGUCCUAGCAUGCUGCACUCUGUUCCUCUGGCUGUGGGCACUGUGCACAGCCUGUGGCAGGAAGCGGGGGCGGAGGCGGUGUGCCAGGCUGCAGGGCAGCGUGAUGCCAGCGGAAGUGGCACUGCUGAGACAGACCCAGCUUCGUUCCCUCAGCAAGUCAGACUCCAGACUGCACGAGUUGUAUGUGGGGCCCCAAGGCUGCAGAGCCCAGCGCCCUGUCAGCAUGGAUCUACACCCUUGCUGGCUGGAGGUGUCCAGAGAUUUCCAAAGGCUGCAAGCAGCCCCCUCUGCCUUCCCACACCAGGAGCUGCCCCAGGGCCCACCUACUGCCACACCCUCCGCUGGCCCCUUGGCCACCUAUUCCAACCUGGGCCUGGCAGCCAGCUCUGUGGCAACUGAGUAUGCCUGCGUGCAGAAGCUCAAGAUAACCCAGAGGGCCCCCCAAGAACUGCAGCAGGCUAGUGCUGAGGUGUCCCCAGCUGCUCAGGUGGACAUCCUGUACUCUAGGGUGUGCAAGCCUAAAAGGAAGGACUUAGCAUCCACUACAGACCCGCCGGACCCCAAGAGCAGGGGAGCAAUCAUGGCCCUGGAGAGUGACUUGGCCUACGAGGCUCUCCCACUUAAGGGCCUGGGUAUGGACCACAGACCCCUGGAAAACGUGUAUGAGAGCAUCCAGGAGAUGAGGGCCCAGGAAUGGCCAGAGCCCCCAGCUCUGGCUAUUAGCAUUAGUGGACAUAAACAGGACACCUGGGCCCCCUGCUUCCACCGGCCUCAGCCCAAGGCAGGAUUGGAGGCCACUCCCUGCCCGGAAUACUCAAGUCCCCAAUUCUUUCCUUCAGAGCGAGGCCCAGCCCCCCUCCCCAGCUGACAGCACAAGUUGCAGAUCUCGGUCUGCCAACCCGUUAGGUGCCUCUUCAGCCCAAGAGAAGGCGCGUCUAAGUAAAUCCAAAUAAAUCGAUCGCAUGAACAACACAGUGCCUUACAGCCUGCCCUCCCUUAAAGCUGGGAGGGUUUGGGCCUGCGGGCGGGGGGAAGGCGGAGGGGGUGUCUCCGCAAGUAUUAAGAUGGGUCCGAAGCUGAGGUCCUGCGCGUCGGGCUUGGGAAUGGCGCUCGCAGUGGCGAUUUCCGGGCUUAGUCGGGACGACUGGGGUGCAGCCGGCCGGCAGGGUAAUCGCCCGGGUAGGACUUGGCCCUGAACUCCGGGAGGGCUCCACCCCCUACCCCCGGGGUUACGUAAGAGGUGGGGUGGGUAGUGCGGGUUAAAGAGUAACCUGCUCCCGGGAUGCCCGGGCCAGGGAGCGCGGCCCCUUUCCCAGCUCUGGCAGUUCCCAGAGCUCGCCACGGGAAGCCGGCCAUCCCGGGCGGUGGCGGCGCGGGUACUGACCCGUCCCUGUCCCCGGGCCCGCGCUGGAGCUGCCUGACGGGGCGGGGCC